GGCGGAGCAAGCGGUGGUGGAUCUUCCGCUCGCUGACAGGAUUCGGUAGACAGUGCGGGGCCAUGCUGGAGAUACUGAUGACCCACCAAGAAUUACUCAAAAUCCUAUUAUCAAUGGGAAUCUAACCAUGAGUGAUGGGCACAAGAACACAGAAGAUAUGGAGGAUGACACGAGUUGGCGCUCUGAGGCAACCUUUCAGUUCACUGUCGAGCGCUUCAGCACACUAAGUGAGCCGGUCUUUAGCCCUCCGUGUUUUGUGCGAAAUCUAUCAUGGAAGAUUCUGGUGAUGCCACGCUUUUAUCCAGACAAACCACACCAAAAAAGCGUAGGAUUAUUUCUCCAGUGCAAUGCUGAAGCUGAUUUUGUGUCAUGGUCUUGUCAUGCACAAGCAGCGCUAAAGAUAAUAAAUUACAGAGAUGAGGAGAAGUCAUACAGUCGUCGUAUUAGUCAUUUAUUCUUCCACAAAGAAGAUGAUUGGGGAUUUUCCAAUUUUAUGGACUGGAGUGAAGUGACUGAUCCUGAGAAAGGAUUUAUAGAUGAUGACAAAGUGACUUUUGAAGUCUUUGUACAGGCGGAUGCUCCCCAUGGAGUUGCGUGGGAUUCAAAGAAGCACACUGGCUAUGUUGGUUUGAAGAAUCAGGGAGCGACCUGUUACAUGAACAGCCUGCUGCAGACUUUAUUUUUCACAAAUCAACUACGAAAGGCCAUUUAUAUGAUGCCAGCAGAGGGUGAUGACUCAUCCAAAAGUAUCCCUUUAGCAUUGCAGAGAGUGUUCUAUGAACUACAGCACAGCGAUAAGCCUGUAGGGACAAAAAAGCUAACAAAAUCAUUUGGGUGGGAAACUUUAGAUAGCUUCAUGCAACAUGAUGUUCAAGAGCUAUGCCGCGUGUUGCUUGAUAACGUGGAAAAUAAGAUGAGAGGCACAUGUGUAGAAGGCACCAUACCUAAGUUAUUCCGAGGCAAAAUGGUGUCCUAUAUCCAGUGUAAAGAGGUGGACUAUCGAUCUGAUAGAAGAGAAGAUUAUUAUGAUAUCCAGCUGAGCAUAAAAGGAAAGAAAAACAUAUUUGAAUCAUUUGUGGAUUAUGUGGCAGUAGAACAACUAGACGGUGACAACAAAUAUGACGCCGGGGAGCACGGCUUGCAGGUAAUCUGGGAAUUUUGUGCCAGUGUCUUGGUGUAGCUUUUCAUUUACACG